AUGAUUGUUUGGCUCCAACUCCCAGGUCUACCGAUCCAUCUCUACCACAAAGAAGUUUUAACGUCUAUUGGAAACCUGAUUGGGCGUACCAUCAAGCUCGAUUACCACACAUUGAAUCAGCGAAGAGCCAAAUUCGCACGCCUUGCUGUGGAAAUUGACCUGGGAAAGCCCCUGAUUCCUCGAGUUCACAUCGACGGGGAAUGGCAGAAGGUUGAAUACGAAAACCUUCCAGAGGUGUGA